AUGUCUUCAACUUGUGUUUGGAAACAUGAAGACUGGAAGCAAUAUACCAGACUUAUUUUUAUCCCUACAUGUAUUACUACCACCAAUGGAGGUGUUUGCAUUGCUCAGUCACUCAAAAUUCCUCGGGAACCAAGACCAGGAGAAUUUGAAAAGAUCAUCAAACGCUUAUUAGAAACUCCAAAUGCUCGAGCGGUGAUCAUGUUUGCGAAUGAAGAUGAUAUUAGGCGAAUACUGGAAGCAGCCAAAAAAGCUAAUCAGUCUGGACAUUUCCUAUGGAUUGGCUCAGAUAGUUGGGGGUCAAAAAUUUCACCGGUUCAGCAUCAGGAAGAAAUUGCAGAAGGAGCAGUAACCAUCCUACCUAAAAGAACAUCUAUAGAUGGAUUCGAUAGAUAUUUUCGGAGCCGAACACUUGCUAACAAUCGAAGAAACGUAUGGUUUGCAGAAUUUUGGGAGGAGAACUUUGGAUGCAAGUUAGGAUCCCAUGGAAAAAGAAAUAGCAACAUAAAGAAAUGCACAGGCUUAGAAAGAAUUGCAAGAGAUUCAGCCUAUGAGCAAGAAGGAAAAGUUCAGUUUGUAAUUGAUGCAGUAUAUUCCAUGGCCUAUGCACUACAUAACAUGCACAAAGAUCUCUGUCCUGGAUAUAUUGGUCUGUGUCCAAGGAUGAGCACAAUUGAUGGUAAAGAACUACUUACCUAUAUCCGAGCAGUAAACUUUAAUGGGAGUGCUGGAACACCUGUUAUCUUCAAUGAAAAUGGAGAUGCUCCUGGACGUUAUGAUAUUUUUCAGUAUCAGAUCACCAACAAGAGUACAGAAUACAAAAUAAUUGGUCAUUGGACCAAUCAACUUCAUCUAAAUGUAGAAGACAUGCAGUGGGCUAAUAGAGAGCACACUCAUCCGGCAUCUGUCUGCAGCCUACCCUGUAAAGCUGGGGAAAGAAAGAAAACCGUGAAGGGGGUGCCCUGCUGCUGGCACUGUGAACGCUGCGAAGGGUACCACUACCAGGUGGAUGAAUUCAAUUGUGAACUGUGUCCCAUCAAUAAGAGACCGAAUGCCAACCGUACAGAUUGCCAGCUUAUCCCCAUAAUCAAACUGGAGUGGCAUUCCCCAUGGGCCAUUGUGCCCGUCUUCAUAGCUAUCCUUGGUAUAAUUGCCACCACCUUCGUCAUCGUGACGUUUGUCCGGUACAAUGAUACUCCGAUUGUCAGGGCCUCUGGACGGGAGCUCAGUUAUGUGCUCUUGACUGGGAUUUUUCUCUGUUAUUCCAUUACUUUUUUAAUGAUUGCCACUCCUGAUACAGUGAUCUGCUCAUUUCGGAGGAUCUUCCUAGGACUUGGCAUGUGUUUCAGCUAUGCUGCCUUGCUUACCAAAACAAAUAGAAUUCACAGAAUAUUUGAACAGGGUAAGAAAUCAGUCACAGCUCCCAAAUUUAUUAGUCCAGCUUCCCAGCUGGUGAUCACUUUCAGUCUCAUAUCCUUGCAGCUUAUUGGAGUCUUCAUCUGGUUUGCUAUUGAUCCACCACACACCAUAGUAGAUUAUGGAGAGCAGAGGACUCUUGAACCAGAAAAUGCCAGGGGAGUUCUCAAAUGUGACAUUUCAGAUCUGUCUCUCAUUUGCUCCCUUGGAUACAGUAUUCUCUUGAUGGUCACGUGUACUGUUUAUGCUAUUAAAACAAGAGGGGUUCCAGAGACCUUCAAUGAAGCAAAACCCAUUGGAUUUACUAUGUACACAACCUGCAUAAUUUGGUUAGCUUUUAUUCCAAUCUUUUUUGGUACGGCCCAGUCAGCAGAGAAGGUAAGUGGUGAAUUUACAAAUCAAAUACUGUACUCUCUUUAUUUUUUGUCUUGCAAUACUUGUAAAACUGCAACAUUUUGGCUCGAAAGAUUUAGUAGUUCUAAGUGCUAA